CUGCCAGUAAAGGUGUGCAGUUGGUGUUUGUAGACAGCACAGACUCAUGCUUAGAGAGCUUGGAGUUUCUGCCCCUCCUCCAGCACUAAUCAGUCAGGCAAAGGACUUUGGAACUGGACUGAGCUCCCAGGACAUUGAUGUGGGAGGCUGCCCUAACCCCAGCCUCUUUCAUUUUUCUGCCCUGAGUUCCAGCCACCCAAAACUGACAUGCCAACUGAGCUUGCUCCGAGCCUGGGAAUGUAUGCCCUCUCCGACCUGAAUUCCUCCCCGACGACCCGGCUACUCCACAAGGGUCCAGAGUACCUGCGCAGGAAGAUCGAAGGGGGAGACCGGGCCAAAAAAAGUGCUGUGGAGAGACUAGCUGCAGAUAAGGCCAAAUAUGUCAAAAGCCAGCAGGUAAUUGGCACCAAGCAGGAGCCUGCCAGGCUGAGCUCAGCUUCAGAGAGUAGUAGUGAAACCUGUUCUGUGGAAAGCAGAAAAAGCAGCAAGGACUCAACAGGGAGAAAAGAGGCAGAGAGUGGGGACACCUGGUGCCCACCCCAGGCAACAUUUUCCGUGGCCCGGAGAGGCAUUAGCAGGAGGCAACUGAGGCCAGAUUCCCUCAUCAUCUAUCGUCAGAAGUGUGACAAAGUGGCCUUUGUCAAAGGCCAAGGCACUGAGAAUGCAAGAGGGGGCUUGGUGAGGAAGAUCCUCCAGGGUCCCAGCAAAGAAAAGAUGUUAUUAUCUCUUGACAUGCCCAAAGUGAAGGAGGAAGCCAAAGUAGAAAGUGAGGAAACCGAACUAGAGAGCAAAGAAGCCAAACCGGAGAUUAAAGAGACCAGACUGAAUGGAAAAGAGACCAGAAUGGAAAGUAAAGAGACCAGAAUGGAUCUUAAGGAGAUGAGAUUGGAGAGUGAGGAGGCCAGAAUGGAGAACAAAGAGGUCAAAGUAGACAACAAGAACACUACUCCCCCCAAUCCCCCAAUAACCACCCCCCUUGUUGUCCCUUCCAGUGAAGACAAGAUGUCCAUGAAAGCACCUGAGAUGACAGCUGAGCUCAGGGAUGUGAAGAGAAGGGGCCUGCACCGCUCCAAGUCUGACAUAAGCUCUCGUUACUCCAAAUCCUUCUCUGAGUUUGACACCUUCUUUAAAUAUUGUGGCCUGGACCCUGAGGUGGUAGAAGAUCUUGGGAGGGAAAACUUCUCAGCAGGGUGGGACCACAUAUCCUUUAAGAUCCGCAGUGUGAGCAUGGCCACCUCUGAGGGUGGCUUCUCCCAUCACAGCGGGGAUGAGGGGCUGCAGGAAGAAGAGCUAACCGAGCAGGUCCCUAGCACCACGUCAGUGAUUGAACGCAAUGCUCGGAUUAUCAAGUGGCUGUAUACCUGUAAAAAGGCCAAAGAGGCAGAAAGCAAGAGGACCCAAGACUUAGCUGGAAAGGUGCUGGUUCCCAAGGGCAAGGAAACACGGUAAAACCAAGAACGAAAAUUUUCCCUGAGAUGGAGGAUACACAGAACAGAUCACAGACUGCUUAGAACUUUCUCAUCUCCCUAAAGUUUCCACUCACCUGACAGAGCUUGGGAAGGAUUUGCUACUUCACCAGAAGAAGAGUUCCUCUCUCAGGACAGCUCAAAUGAGUCUGGAAGCUCCACAGCAGGAGAGGUGAAGGUUUGAGUGACAGAGAAGGUGGAGGAUCAGCUGAGAUAUUUGGACAGAAGAUCAAGUUCAGAUGGAUCUAAUGGUAUAACAAGCUGCUAAAAUGUUUAUUAUUUGAAGGUGGGUCUGUGCCAUGAGAUCAUGCUGAAUCAAAUGAGGAUCAAGAAAAGGAGGGGUUUUAGGUGAUUAUGAUAAGGAUGUCUGCCUAUCUCUCUGCCUACGGAGAGACCCACAGACACUAAGUUACAAACUUAGCUUGAACUAAAUAUUGUAUUCUAUUUUUGUACUUAUGUUACUGUAGUUAAGCCCUUGAAUCGCUUAAGUAUUUAUUUGAGCUAGUUGUAAAACCACCAGACAACACAGGUAGCUUAUUUUGGGGAGGUGUUGUUAAAUAAUGGUCAAAUAUUUUUGUAUGAUAAAGCUCCAUACUAAUAGGACUGUCUGUACUAUAAGGAGGACCGACUAAUCUAAUGAACAUGUUUAUAAGCAUGAGAUUAUUUUCCUCAGCAUCUCUGUGGGUCAUGGGAGGAAAAAAAAACUGGCCAUAGUAACAUUGACAGAGAUUCUUUUCUUUGCCAACUGAUAUUAAAUUAUGAGGAUAUUUCUUUAGUCAUUACUCUAAAAAUGCUGCUAUUUAUCUAAACACUGGUUGAUGCCCUUGGUUAAAAUAGAUAAUGUAAAGAUGGGGGUGGGGGAAAACUAUUCAUUCUGUUUGAAAGUGUGCAGUUAAUUCUUCACAUAAAUGGACAUGUAUUGCUUCAAACAAGAUAGUUUAGUGCUUUUCUGCUGUUAAAUACAAUAGUGGUCAGCAUUCCAGGCCAAAUGCCCUUUAAAACAAAGUGGUAGCUGACAUGUAUCCAUAGAAAGGAGGGAAAAGAGCUUGGUUCUGGCUCUAAGAUAUUAGGAGAUACUUAGCAUUCACUAAAUGUAUGGGGGCUGAACCUGGAAACUGGACAUUUAGAUAUAGAUAAAAGGAGGACUUGGAGCAGAAGACCAGAAGAUCUCCUGCUUCAAUAGCCCAUACCCAUCUGUGAUCUGGAAGUUAUCAACUAGACGUAAGAGUAAGUCAGCAUUGCCAGCUCAUACUGGGCUCUUAACUCUCUAUCUGGAGAGAAAGAUCUUGGAACUAGCUCUGGAUACAAGAAUAAAAAGUUGCCACUUUUGCUUUAAUAAAAGAUUGAGAGUGAGGACACCUUUCUCCUAAUUCUGUAUUUCCCCCUGACCUGCAAAUCACUUAACCUCUCUGUGCCUUAGCCUUACCAGAAGAGGACUAUUUGCUAACCACCAGAAUAAGGAAGAAUCUACCUUAAAACAAAUUUCAUUAUUAAUAGAAAACUCUUACUAGAAAUAACACAUUUAGAGAUUACAGAAGGCAGAACCAUUGUAUAAAACAUGGGAAAUAACAGUGGCCUUUUUAUUCAUAUAUAGAAACAGUUAAAUAGCCUCAUUUUAAAAUGUACACGUGCAACUGCUAAAGUUAAUUAUCAUCAUAAAAAAAAUUAUCGGUUAUUAGUCACUUGCUGAAAAGAAGCUCUUUGUACAUGUCCCUUUUUAUAGGGUUUAGAGUCCAUCGUUACAGGAACGAUUUUGCGAUAAAGACAUUAGGUCCAGACUAUAGCUACUUCUAUUUACACUCAUAUUAAAACCUGCUUUUGACAUAUAACUACAAUGCUGUAUAUUCUGUAUAACAAAAAUAAAGUUGUAUAUUUCAUUUAUAAAUAUGAAAACUUCA